AUGGGCCACCUGUGUAGACUACCGACGGACUCGACACCGAGUGCACAAGUCCGGUAUUUAGCGCCGGACUCAGAACUAGGCACCAUAGCGGACAUCUUUUCCAAGCCAUCAGCUUCGACUUUUGACAGGAUGGAUGCGGACAGGAGACUCACCAAAGCUCUUGAGGCAGCCAACGAUGCGCUCCAACAUCUUUCCAUGUCGCCUGACUUUUCCUUCCUCGAUUGCACUCACAUUGAUCGUUUGAUUGGUAGAGUCGUUGACCUACCCACCGAGGGUAAUCAGAGGAACAGUAGGCGCAACCUUCUGGUUAUUCGGCAAUGGAUGAUCACAGAAGGUCCAGGCGUUGUCUUGCUUGAGGUCUUGGGACAGCUGUAUUGGCGGCUAGGCGAGCUCAACAGCAAGCAAUUUGAGAAGUUCAAGAACACCCUCCAGCAACUACAGCCUUACUUAUCCCUCAUCCAAGACACCGCCGCGGUUACCUUGGUCCUCCAGAGACUGCAGCAUAUUCAGCGGUUGAAGGCAGACGCAUGUCAGGAUUUUCUUUGCGAGUUGUCAGACUUGACAGGAAUGAAAGUCGACUCACCAAUGAUCGAGAGGGAAACUUCGAGGUCAAGAUCGAGUAGCCCUUUCGCUUCAACAUCAGUACACUCCUCAGACAGUGCUUCGUCGCAGGAGAAUGACUACGUAAGCCUAGUAAAACAUGUCCCCUCGGCCACUGCAUGGUCAGGCGACAUAGAACGACUGCUCAUCGACUUCUACGUUAAUGGGCUAUGUCCCGGCCGUACUGUUGCUACCCAGUCAAACGGUUACUUAUCUCUGCUUCAAGUCGCAAACACAUGCUUGAGCACCAGAUACGCUCUGCUCAGUUUGUCUGCAUCAUACAUCGGCCAGUAUCUGCCCUCCCAGAAAAAAAUGUACUACCAGGCAGAAUUUUACUACUCAUCUCAAGCUCUCCAAGCUUUCACAACGCAAAUAACUAAUGGCGACAACUACGACGGCGCAUUGGCCACCAGUAUGCUGCUCAUGCAUCAAGGUGCCAUCAACAGCUCAUCUGAUUCGCUCCUAUGCUGGUCAUGUCACGCAAAAGUAUUUGACAUCAUCCCUAGUGAUUUUGUCAAUCACCAUUCAGACCCUGCACUGUUCAUUCGCGGGCAGCUUGUCCUCGCUCGCACGGCGCAGACCUCGCAAACACUUCAAAUCACGCGGUUUCACUCAUUUGAGACGAAGAGCUGGUACGAAGGGACACCGCCAAUAGACGCUCAGAAGAUCUGCGGUAUCCUCGGGCUAUCGCCACAGCUACUGUUUAUCAUCUCGUCUAUAACAUCGUUGGCAAUUGAUGUCAGCAACACCAGCAUGCUGAUGUACGCCCAGCUACAAGAAGCACAACUCCAGAACUUGAAGCAAUGGACUACGGAGUCUCCGGGUCCGGAGCAAGAGGUCUUGCUUGCUACAGCAGAGGCGUUCCGUCUGGCGGCGCUGAUCUACCUGCGCUGCCGCCUAUACGGCAUGACCCGUUUCCAUCCCUCGGUCCUCGACUUGUCCGACGCUUUGUCUACUCUGAUUCUCUCGCUACCAGUCCAAGGUACUCUUUACACGGCCAUUUAUCCUGUCUGGCCGCUUUUCGUAGCCGCCGUCACUGUCAACUCAGAUAAGCGUGACCGUCUCUACCAACGCGUGGUACCGAUUCGUGAGGGUGACAAGAACACGUUGCCGGCGGUGUUGAGGCGCGUGAGUGGUGUGCGGAUUUGGCUUGCACAGCAGGAUCCCAACUGCCAGGUGAGAGACGGCUGGUGGGAUGACAUGCUGAGCCCGAGCAGCAGUACGGUUGCGCUAGGAAAGAAUUUGUUGUGCUUGGGCUGA